GCGGGCGGCAUCAUGUGAGCGGGGCCGGGCCGGAGCGGGGAGCCGGGCGCCGAGCCGCGGCGGCAGCUAUGGGGGCCGCGGUGCUGAGCGGGCUGGCCCUGGCCUUGGCUUUGGCACUGCCCCUGCCCUCCGUGGCCCUGGAGAACGGGCUGGCGCUCACCCCCCCGAUGGGCUGGCUGGCCUGGGAGAGGUUCCGCUGCAACGUGGACUGCCGGACGGACCCCCACAACUGCAUCAGUGAGACACUCUUCAUGGAGAUGGCCGACCGUCUGGCGGAGGAUGGCUGGAGGGAAAUGGGCUACGAGUACAUCAACAUCGACGACUGCUGGUCUGCCAAGCAGCGGGACGCGGCCGGACGGCUGGUGCCUGACCCCGAGAGGUUUCCCAGGGGGAUAAAGGCUCUGGCUGACUAUGUCCAUGCCCGGGGCCUGAAGCUGGGCAUUUACGGUGACUUGGGCACCUUCACCUGCGGGGGCUACCCAGGCACCACGCUGGACCUUGUGAAGCAGGACGCCCAGACCUUUGCAGAGUGGGGUGUGGACAUGCUGAAGCUGGAUGGAUGCUACUCAUCGGGAGAGGAGCAGGCAAAGGGCUACCCAGAAAUGGCGAGGGCCUUGAAUGCCACAGGCCGCCCCAUCGUCUACUCCUGCAGCUGGCCGGCAUACCAGGGGGGCCUCCCCCCCAAGGUGAACUACACCUUACUGGCAGAGAUCUGCAACCUGUGGCGGAACUAUGAUGACAUCCAGGACUCCUGGAACAGUGUGCUUUCCAUCCUGGACUGGUUCUUUGCAAACCAGGACGUGCUGCAGCCAGCAGCUGGCCCCGGCCACUGGAAUGACCCGGACAUGCUCAUCAUUGGAAACUUUGGCCUUAGCUACGAGCAGUCACGCUCCCAAAUGGCCUUGUGGACUAUUAUGGCAGCUCCGCUCCUCAUGUCCACGGACCUCCGCGCCAUCUCCUCAAGCGCCAAGGAGAUCCUGCAGAACCGCCUGAUGAUCCAGAUCAACCAGGACCCCCUGGGAAUCCAGGGCCGCAGGAUUGUCAAGGAGAAGUCCCACAUCGAGGUGUUCCUGCGCCCGCUGUCCCAGGCCGCCAGCGCCCUCGUCUUCUUCAGCCGCAGGACGGACAUGCCCUUCCGCUACACCACCAGCCUGGCCAAGCUGCACUUCCCUGAGGACGCCGUGUAUGAGGUACAAGACGUGUACAGCGGGAAGAUCAUCAGUGGCUUAAGGACCGGAGACAGCUUCUCAGUUGUUAUUAACCCCUCGGGGGUGGUGAUGUGGUAUCUGUGUCCCACGGUGUCCCCGGCGCAGCCCUGGCACCUCGUCAGACAGGAAGCCCCCGGACAGGGUUUCACCCCAGUCCUCCUGUGACGGGGCUCAGUGGAUGGGGGUGUGUGUCAGGACCAGGGUGAGCUGCAAGGCCCUGAGGCACCUGGCUCUUCACUGCACAAGUGCCUUUCUCUGGUGUGCUCAGCAAUGCUGGGCAAUGACUGUUCCUCUGGUACCAGCUUGGUGAUGCUCACUUAGGCUGUGGAAAGCAGGAAUUCUCAUUACCCACCUCCUAAGGGGGUGUGCGACGUCAUUGCUCCGUGGUUGCAAAGCCCUUUGAGCUCCUCAGGUGGAAGAUGCUGUCCAAGCAGAGUCCUGCUGCUACUGGAGUGUGUCUGUGCUCACACCUCAGCGCUUCACUGCUUCCACUUCUGCAGAGGCUCAUGGAGCUACCUGUAGGAAGGCAUUAGAUGCUUGACACCCUCACCCCCAUCCCCACAAAUCUGUGGUAGCAUUAGCCUCAAGGAUCAGACCUAUCACCCUCCUUUUGCUGUAAUCAGCUUGGCUUAGAAUUAAGGGGCUGGCAACAGGGCUGAGCCCUUCCCAUGCACCCUCCCCGGGUCCAGGAGCUCCUGAAGGCACAAUGGUGCUGUGCAGAGAGCCUCUACUUGCAGGUUGGGUCCUGCUGCCAGGAUCUGGAGGCCAGCAGUACUCUAGCCUAGCAUGCAUCAUGUUAAAGCUUAUCUGGUAUCAGUUGACAGCAAAGAAAGCCUCUGUUGGUUACGCACAGCCCCAAAAGCUUUGCUGUGGUACAGUACCAAAAAACCCACAGAGCUGUAGUGUGUUGUGCAGGAGUGAUGUCAGCAAGAUGCCAGUGCUCAGUUGAGGUCGUCUUUUGAGUGGGGAGGUAGUCCCAGGUGCCUCCAAGUUGCAAAUUACUUCCUGUUCUUGCUCUAGCAGGAAAUUCCUACUAAAAGGCGGCUCAGGCCCUCCUCCUGCAAGCUCAACACUCAGCGUUUCUCAGGCGAAGGCUCCUCCUCCUCCUCCUCCCACAGGCAGCUACAGCAGCAGCUCCAUCCUGGGGAGGAGCCUGCACUAAUAAACUGGGAGCGGCAGGACACUCUGAAGCUCUCAACUGCUUCACCUUUGUACAGCGCACACACUACUGAAUGUUUUGGUAAGACAUGGCCCACUCUGACUGGCCCCGAGAGGGGUGCAGCAUUCAUGAAGGCGACCUCUUGGGACUGCAGCCCAGUGAGACAGGCACAAGAUUAAACCUCAGAGGAGGGGAAAUACCGUGGUUUAGAUUAGGCAAAAAAGUGUCCCUUGUACUCAGAUGCUGGAGGGUCCCUGGUCACCCGCCCACUGCUUCCUGCAGGACCAAAGGGCUCACCCUGGCUGCUACCAGAGACUUGCUCUGUGCAGUAGCAUGAUAGUGAUCAUGAUGCUUGCUGUGCUAAUGAGGAAGGAGCACACUCCAUGUCUGUAUACAGGAGCUGGCUUUGGUCUUGGGAAGUGAUUGAGACAAAUUAAUUGAAAUAAAGGGGAAGUGGGUCACAA